AUGUCGAAAGUUUAUUUACUUGACAAACCAAAAUUUCGCGCUGAUACAUGCGUUUGUCUUGCUUUCCAGUGUUUAGUUCGAGAGCCAGAAUUGACCAUGUUUUACGAAGCGGCUCUAGCACAUGUUGAGCUGAUCUCAAUGCUCCUAGACCUAAGACUCGGAUUCGGUAUCGAGAAAGACGUGAUGAAAAAGCACGAGCAGAUUUGA